AUGGGUGCUCUGGUCGGAAGCGUUGCUGUGUUGCUGUUAGCACACGCCAUCGAUGCGGCGUCGGUUUCAAAUUACUCCCCAGAACUGAGUGAAGUUAAACUUUACUUCUAUUCACCACUAUUGCAUGUUGAGCAGGACGUGGAAUCGUUUGAGCCACCGCCCCAAAUCGACCUACGGAGACAGCUGAAGGUGGUGAUCCAUGGGUGGCUUGCCAAUCGUAACCACUUCUCGAUACUUCCCAUCCAGUCGGCAUACUUGGAGCAGGAUGCUCACAACCUCCUGAUAGCCGAUUGGAUGGAUGUGGCCUUUCUGCUAUAUCCAACGUCUCGUGAUCUCGUGCUGCCGGUGGCGAACCGCAUCGGCACCAUUCUGUCACGGUUCAUGGAGCGGGUAGGUAUCGACCACAGCCAGGUGCACGUUAUCGGCCACAGUCUUGGGGCGCACAUAGCGGGCAACGUCGGACGUUACUUUGGUGGGAUGUUAUCGCGUGUGACGGCCCUCGAUCCGGCCGGGCCACUGUUCGAGCUCGAUUCACCAGACGCCGUCGGGCCCGACACGGCACAGUUCGUGGAUGUGAUCCAUACCGAUCCGCUACUGCUGGGCGAUAACAAUGUCCGGGGACAUGCGGAUUUUUUCACCAACAGCGGUCAAGAUCCCCAACCGGGCUGUGCAUUACUCGACCUCGUCACACUACAUACCUGCAGCCAUUUGCGUGCGACCGGAUUCUUUGCGGAAUCAAUUCUACAGCCGAGGAACUUUAUUGCCUGUGCCUGCAGCCGGGAGGAGAUUGUGAGAAUGGACACCCUGUGCCUGCCGGAUAUGCAGGAAACAUCCUUGCGUGAGUGUGUCCCGAUGGGUGAGCCACUCGAGCGUAGUGUUCGGGGAACAUUUUUCGUGCGAACAGCGAGUGAGUCUCCGUACGGGCUUGGCACUCACGCAAUGAGCGGACCCAGCAUCUAA